AAAACUUUUGUAUAUGUAUAUCCGUCGCUUGCGAGGGUUUGGAUCGUCUUGAAGUUGGCUCUGCUAACUGCCAAGGUUCUGUGUCCUCGCUACGAGCUCAGAGUUAACAAUCAACUGAAACGAUUUGAAGAAAGUCUUCACCUCGACCGACGACGCCGUCCUUUCGGAAAUCAAGACUGCGCUCAAGUAAUUCGGCCGACCGAGGCUUCAGAAGCAGGGGAGGGUGGCCCACGUUCUGCUCCGCUACGAGCCGACUUAUACGACCUUUUCGGCGGCGGAAAACAUCCCAAUUCCGAAGGGUGCAUUCAACCUCGAUAACCUUGAUACGCAAUUGCCGAAUAUUUUCUGCACUCGUGCUUUGAGGACUUCAAUCAUCAUCAGAUUCCUUGUUAUCAGAUUCCUUUUCUAACAUCAUGGACCCCAAUAGUUUUGUUGAUGAGAAAUGUGAUUGCAGGCUCUAUAUUGGCAACCUUGAUCGGAGGAUAACAGAGGCUACUUUGAUUAAGAUGUUCUCUCCAUUUGGAAAAAUUGUAGCUGAGGACUUCUUGUGGCAUACUCGUGGCCCAAAACGUGGAGAGCCACGUGGCUUUGCUUUUAUUCAGUUCAGCACCAGAGAGGAAGCUGAACUGGCCAAGGAGAAGAUGAAUGGGAAAUUGGUUUGUGGGCGUCCAUUGGUUGUACGCCUUGCAAGCGAAAAAUACUUGGUUGAAACAGCUAAUAAUUCUAGCAAAGUGAUCGGUGAGGCAAGCAAGUCAAGUAUCGCCGGAAGUAGUUCAGGACAAGUGAGCCGAAGUGCGAAAAUAGCUGCCAUAAAAAACAAACUAAAGGCUAUUGAGGAAGAGAGCCGUGGCUCGAAGAAGCAGAAGCAGGACGGUGGCACCUGAAACGGAGAAAAUCUGUAAGAUUUACAUCAGUUGAAUAGUCAAGAGUAAACAUGGUUCACCUGAAUGUUCGAACUUUCAAAAUAUUGUAAUGCUGAAAGUAGUAACAAUACAGUGUACACUAUAGAGGAUCUAUGUUCCUCCUCAUGACUCACGUCUCCUUUAUUGCCACUUCCUGAACACAUUUAUACCAUUAGAUAUUUUCUUUUUGUUGAUUUUGUAACUAAACAAUUAUAAUAUUUUUAAUUACGAUGCCUGUAUUAAAAAAUUUGGUCUUUACACUUUUAAGUUCA